UUUAAAAAGCUAUCAGAAGAUGCAAACACAGUGUGAAUCUAUUGUUGUCUCUAGUUCAGCUGACAUAAUCAAAAUUAUCCCAAGUGAUGAUAUAAAAUAAGAGCUACUCUUGAGUGAAGAGUCUAAAAAACUCAUUGGGUCAGAACCUCUCUGACCAAUUCUGGGUCCAGCCAUCUGGCACCAUAGAUGAGAACAAAACAGCCUUGUGCAGCAAAAGAAGAAAAAAAAAAGGUGUUUGAUAGUACCCAACUGCCAUAAAACUAAAGCUUUUUUGAAACAUUGAAUCAAACUUCUAUUGAGCACAAGAUGAAAAUGUGGUUGCUGGUCAGUUACCUUGUGAUGCUAAUAUCUUUUACAACCUGUCUUUCAGAGAAGCAUGGAGGAGUCACAGGAAUACUUCAUACAAGGAAAGAGUUUUCAUGGCACAGAAGAUAUGGCCAUGGAGUUUCUGAGGAAGAUAAAGGAUUUGGACCAAUUUUUGAAGAACAACCAAUCAAUACCAUUUAUCCAGAGGAGUCACCGGAAGGGAAAGUUUCCUUAAACUGCAGGGCACGGGCAAGUCCUUUCCCAGUUUAUAGAUGGAGAAUGAAUAAUGGGGAUGUUGAUCUAACAAGUGAUCGCUACAGUAUGGUGGGAGGAAAUCUUGUCAUCAACAACCCUGACAAACAAAAGGAUGCUGGAAUAUAUUACUGUUUAGCAUCAAAUAGCUACGGGAUGGUCAGAAGCAUUGAAGCUACCCUGAGUUUUGGAUAUCUUGAUCCAUUUCCGCCCGAGGAACGUCCUGAGGUCAAAGUGAAAGAAGGGAAAGGAAUGGUCCUUCUCUGUGACCCUCCAUACCAUUUUCCAGAUGAUCUUAGCUACCGCUGGCUUCUAAAUGAAUUUCCUAUAUUUAUCACAAUGGAUAAACGCAGAUUUGUGUCUCAGACGAAUGGCAAUCUCUACAUAGCAAAUGUGGAGGCAUCAGACAAAGGCAAUUAUUCAUGCUUUGUGUCCAGCCCUUCUAUUACAAAGAGUGUGUUCAGCAAAUUUAUCCCACUCAUUCCACUACCAGAACGAACAACAAAGCCAUAUCCUGCUGAUAUAGUAGUUCAGUUCAAGGACAUAUAUGCACUGAUGGGCCAAAAUGUGACUUUAGAGUGUUUUGCCCUUGGCAAUCCAGUUCCUGAUAUCCGGUGGCGGAAAGUUCUAGAACCAAUGCCAAGCACUGCUGAGCUUAGCACCUCUGGGGCUGUCCUCAAGAUCUUCAAUAUUCAGUUAGAAGAUGAAGGGGUAUAUGAAUGUGAGGCUGAGAACAUUAGAGGAAAGGACAAACACCAAGCAAGAAUUUAUGUUCAAGCGUAUCCAGAGUGGGUAGAACACAUCAAUGACACUGAAGUGGAUAUAGGGAGUGACCUCUACUGGCCUUGUGUGGCCACAGGGAAGCCCAUCCCCAGCAUCCGAUGGCUGAAAAAUGGAUAUGCGUAUCAUAAAGGAGAAUUGAGACUAUAUGAUGUGACUUUUGACAAUGCUGGAAUGUACCAGUGCAUAGCUGAAAACACUCAUGGAGCCAUUUAUGCCAACGCGGAGCUGAAGAUCUUAGCUUUGGCUCCGACUUUUGAAAUGAAUCCUAUGAAGAAAAAGAUCCUGGCUGCCAAAGGAGGAAGGGUAAUAAUUGAAUGCAAACCCAAAGCUGCACCUAAACCCAAAUUUUCAUGGAGUAAAGGGACAGAAUGGCUUGUCAAUAGCAGCAGAAUACUUAUUUGGGAAGAUGGCAGCUUGGAAAUUAGUAACAUCACAAGGAAUGACGGCGGUAUCUAUACAUGCUUUGCAGAAAAUAAUAGAGGGAAGGCUAAUAGCACUGGGACUCUUGUUAUCACAGAUCCUACACGAAUUAUCUUGGCCCCGAUUAAUGCUGAUAUCACUGUGGGAGAAAACGCCACCAUGCAGUGCGCUGCUGCCUUUGACCCCGCCCUGGAUCUCACAUUUGUCUGGUCCUUCAAUGGCUACGUUAUCGAUUUUAACAAAGAGAAUAUUCACUAUCAGCGGAAUUUUAUGCUGGAUGCCAAUGGCGAGCUGCUGAUCCGCAACGCCCAGCUGAAGCACGCGGGCCGGUACACGUGCACAGCACAGACAAUCGUGGACAAUUCCUCAGCUUCUGCUGACCUUGUGGUGAGAGGCCCCCCCGGCCCUCCAGGUGGUCUGAGGAUAGAAGACAUCAGAGCCACUUCAGCGGCUCUUACAUGGAGCCAUGGUUCAGACAAUCACAGUCCCAUAUCCAAAUACACUAUCCAGACCAAGACUAUUCUUUCGGAUGACUGGAAGGAUGCAAAAACAGAUCCCCCAAUUAUUGAAGGAAAUAUGGAGGCGGCAAGAGCAGUGGACCUAAUCCCAUGGAUGGAGUACCAGUUUCGUGUGGUAGCAACUAAUACACUGGGUAUAGGAGAACCCAGUAUACCUUCAAACACAAUUAAAACAGAUGGAGCCGCACCAAAUGUGGCUCCUUCCGAUGUAGGAGGUGGGGGUGGAAGCAACAGAGAGUUGACCAUAACCUGGGCGCCUUUGUCAAGAGAAUACCACUAUGGCAACAAUUUUGGUUACAUCGUGGCAUUUAAGCCAUUCGAUGGGGAAGAGUGGAAAAAGGUGACCGUCACGAAUCCAGACACUGGCCGCUAUGUCCAUAAAGACGAGACUAUGCGACCUUCCACCGCAUUUCAAGUCAAGGUGAAGGCCUUCAACAACAAGGGAGAUGGGCCUUAUAGCCUCACAGCGGUUAUUAAUUCAGCACAAGACGCUCCCAGUGAAGCUCCAACAGAAGUGGGUGUAAAAGUCUUAUCAUCUUCUGAGAUAUCUGUUCAUUGGGAACAUGUUAUAGAAAAAAUAGUGGAAAGUUAUCAGAUCCGGUACUGGGCCGCCCAUGACAAGGAAGCAGCUGCACACAGAGUUCAAGUCACCAGCCAAGAGUACUCAGCCAGGCUGGAGAAUCUUGUGCCGGACACCCAGUACUUUGUGGAAGUCAGGGCCUGCAACAGUGCGGGAUGUGGACCUCCCAGCGACAUGAUUGAGACCUUCACCAAGAAAGCCCCUCCAAGCCAGCCACCGAGGAUCAUCAGCUCCAUAAGGUCUGGUUCACGCUACAUUAUCACCUGGGAUCAUGUGGUUGCUCUAUCAAAUGAAUCCACCGUCACAGGAUAUAAGGUUCUUUAUCGGCCUGAUGGCCAGCAUGAUGGCAAGCUGUUCUCCACUCACAAACACUCCAUAGAGGUCCCGAUCCCCAGGGAUGGAGAAUAUGUUGUAGAGGUUCGUGCACACAGUGAUGGCGGAGAUGGAGUAGUGUCUCAAGUCAAAAUUUCAGGUGCGUCCACCUUGUUACCAAGUUUGCUUGGCUUACUUCUGCCUGCCCUCGGCGCCCUUGUCUACUUGGAAUUCUGAAUGUGGUGUGACAGCUGCUGUUCUCAGACCAGCUCAGAGGACAAACACCCCUGUGAUGACUACAAUUCCUUCCAAUUCCUGUGGCUCCAUCCUAAGGCAAAUAAAGUAUCCAUUAACAAACUAUCCAACUGAUUUACAAUACACGUUAUGACUGAGGCAUUCAGGAACCCUUUCAUCCAAAAGAAUAAACUUUUAAAUGGAUAUAAAAUGAUUUUUAACUCGUUCCAAUAUGCCUUAUAAACCACUUAACCUGAUUCUGUGACAGUUGCAUGAUUUAAUCCAAUGGGACAAGUUACAGUGUUUAAUUCUAUAGGCUGUAGAGUGAAAGUAAAAUCACCAUACACAGGUGCUUUAAAUUUAAUAACAAGUUGUGAAAUAUCAUAGAGGUUGAAAUGUUGAUUGUAUGUGGUAUAUGUAAGAGUAAUACAGUCUUUCGUACUAUCUUCUCUGUUUAGGGUCUUGCAUAUUUUUGAAUGACCCCUUUCAUCAGGACAUUUUGAGUUUUCUUGAAGAAAAUAGAGUAUAGCAACAUAAAUUCCAUUGCCUAGAUAAUUUUACUGAAUGAUUUGAAAGAUUUUGACUAUUGAAGCCCAAAUUCCACAAUUUAUCAGUGUUCUUAUUUUCAAAGUAUUUUCUAAAUAUUUGAUUUUCAGAAUCAGUAACACUUUUCAGUUAGUUUUUUAAUGGUAAAGUCCACAUUCCAUAUGAAGUUUUGUACUUCUGUAUUCUAUUCCGAAGUUAUUUUAUUUAUGCUUUUCUUAUCAAUUUCAAACCAUAAAAAUCAAAGUUCUUAUCUAGAGUAUUAUGAUAUCACUGUAUUUAUUCAUAUGUGAUGAUGAAUUUUUGAAAGUGCUUCCAUUUUUUUAAUUGAGGUGUGACAGUCUCUACACAGCUAGGAAUAAAUGGCAGUUGUGUGAAUAUCAAUUAUCUAAUACUGUCCUAGUAUCUUUCUUUUUCUGCAUCUAAGAAAUGAUGCAGUAAAAUGUUUCUUUAUUAAAGGAAUGGGAUAAAAAAUUAGCUGUAGGUUGGAAAAACUACAGUAUUCCUUCUUUUUAAAAAUUUAAUUUAAACUCAUUGUUCACUUCAAUGCAAUACUGAAAACUGGCUAAAAGUACCAAAUCAAUAUGUGCAAAUGAUACUUUAAAGAAAGGCCAGGAGGAGACAAAUAAUGUGUUUCUGCAAUGAUGUCUCUUACAUGUUGGUGCUUCAGGUUUUAUAGGUUGUGAAAAGGAAGAUACACAUUUCUUCAUUAUCCAUGGUGUGCAGAGAAAUGUGUUUGAGUGUGGAUGUGAAAGAAAUUGAAUAAUAAAGGAUUAGCUGGCUCAUGAAAUGGUGCAAUGUCUGAUGAUUCAAGAGGUAUUAUCCUAUUUUAUUAGCACAACCUUGCUAGCUAAUUAGAGAUAGAGUUUAUCUUUUUAGAAAGGAUACUGUAUAGGUUCGUAAAAGAAUAUUUACAGGAAGCAAAAUAGAUCUAUUACUACUUUACCCCUACCCCUUACCCCCUUUCUUUAAUUUUUAAUUUGUAUAAUUUUUGUACUAUAUGGCUAUGUGUAAAUGUUUAAAGCUUUCAUUAUGAAAAUAUCAAUAAAUAUUUCAUUAGUUUACAUUUAACUCUAUUAUAAAAUGAAUCUUUUUAAAACAAUAAGUGAAAUGGAUGAUUUCCCAUGGAAGUAUGUCAACAGUCUUAAGAUCAUAAAAUACUUAAUUAUUUGGAAACACACACAAUGUCUUCAUAUUUUAGAGAAAUGAAUACUCUGAAAGCCUUCUGUACAAAUGUUUGUGUUUUCAUUGUUACAUGUUUGGGUUUUCUUUCCCAGUAUGAACCAUGUUGGGCAUUUUUAUAUAAUUGGCAAUAACCAAAUCUUUGCAUGUUCACCUUUUAUUUCAAUGUAUGGCAAUAAAAAAGCAAAACUGGUUAGAUUUUGCCUGAAAUGGUUCUGAAAGAUCAGGAGACAGACUUUGUAGUUUGUUUACUUCAUUUAAAUUUGUGGCAGAGAUAGGGUGAAUUCAGUCUCAUAUACUGAUAACUCAAGUCUCUCAUUUCCUCAUGCUAUUGUACCAAUUUGACUGGGACCAUCAGUUUUAAACUGUUGUCAAACUAACUAAUGUAUCAUCUGCUUUAAGAUACAAGAUUCUUAAUUAAACUUUAUAUAGUUCUAGACACAUCUGAUUUUUCUUUGUAUUUCAGGAAAGGUGAUAGUAGUUUAUUUGAUACUGAUAACUAUUGAAUUGACUUUUUAGUUCUUUUUUAUCAUUUUUCAAUGGAGCAGUAUAGGACUGUGCUUUGUCCUUUUUAUGAAUGAAAACAAAUUAUAAAGAAAUAAAUGUCUUACUGUUACCCAAGGAAUGGCCAGUGUCCUGU